GUUUGUUUUUUGUUUUCGCCAGUCUGAUAUGGCCACGGGAUUGGUUGCGACGUGAAAAAAGUGAAAUUUUCCACCGAAAUGGAACUUUACCGUGACGAACCCGUACGCGGCCAGUAGGUCACAGUGCGUGCCGUUGUUUGCGAUCCGGUUUGCAGUCCAGGGCAUGUGCGUAGUUCGUGCAGAGCUGUUUUUCACUUCAGCUGUAGCCGUCGCCAUUGUUCGACGACAGUGAGCGAGGUGAACGAGACAUCGAACGGGGCAGAGCACCUGGAAGCGCUUUGAGCCUUGAGAUUUAGGGGGUAGUUGUAGCAGGCUGUUGGACGCGUUGGUUGUCGUCGGUGGUGUAUGCUGAAUAUCAUGCACAACCUAAGCCAUAGCCACAACAGCAACACUGGAAGUAGCCAGAACUCGGCAGCCGAGGGGACGAUGGAGCGAGGAAGUUGUAUUCUGGUCCGCUACGCUAGCCAGAACUCGCUGGAUGAAAGUUCCCAGAAGCAACUGCCCAGACCGAAUGGAAAGGACAAAUCUGUUGGAGCCUAUCGCAACAAUGUGCACACCCAGCGAUCAUUUGACGCCAUGAAUAAUAUGCGAGAACAAAACCUGCUCUGCGAUGUGAUACUGGUGGCGGAUGGCAUUGAGAUUCCGGCCCACAAGAUGGUGCUGGCCUCGUGCAGUCCGUACUUUUACGCCAUGUUUACGGGCUUCGAGGAAAGCCGCCAGGAUCGGAUUACGCUGCAGGGUGUCGACCACCGGGCUCUGCAGCUUCUGAUCGAGUACGUUUACACUUCGGUCGUUGAAGUUACCGAGGACAAUGUGCAGGUUCUGCUGACGGCGGCCAACCUGCUGCAGCUGACCGACGUGCGUGAUGCUUGCUGUGAUUAUCUGCAGACUCAGCUCGAUCCGAGCAACUGCCUGGGUAUUCGGGACUUUGCCGACAUCCACGGGUGCAUCGAUCUGCUGAACUACGCUGAAACCUAUAUCGAACAACACUUUUCGGAGGUGGUUCAGUUUGACGAAUUCUUGAAUCUCACAAGUGAACAAGUUGUUAAUUUAAUCAAAAGUGAUCGCUUGUCGGUUCCUUCCGAAGAGAAGGUGUACGAAUGCGUCAUCACCUGGCUUCAGUACGACAUCGCCACUCGUCAGUCUUUUCUGGCGGACCUCAUGGAGCACGUCCGGCUGCCAUUGCUCUCGCAGGAAUAUCUCGUCCAGCGGGUUGAGAAGGAACAACUGCUCAAGGGUGACCUUCAGUGCAAGGAUUUCAUCAUUGAGGCCCUCAAAUAUCACUUGCUGAAGGGCGAGCAAAAAUCCACCUUCAAAACACCGCGUACCAUUCCUCGACAGCCGGUAGGUUUGCCGAAGGUGCUGCUCGUCAUCGGAGGACAGGCACCGAAGGCGAUUCGCUCGGUCGAGUGUUACGAUCUGCGUGAGGAGCGUUGGUACCAGGUGGCUGAGAUGCCCACUAGACGGUGCCGUGCUGGGUUGGCUGUUUUGGGUGAUAAGGUUUAUGCGAUUGGAGGCUUCAAUGGGUCACUGAGAGUUCGUACGGUUGACGUUUACGAUCCCGUGCAGGACCAGUGGACAACCUGUAACAGCAUGGAGGCUCGACGGUCGACGCUUGGUGUCGCGGUGUUGAAUAAUUGUAUUUUUGCCGUUGGUGGAUUCGAUGGAUCAUCUGGGCUAAGCUCGGCGGAGAUGUUUGAUCCGCGUACCCAGGAAUGGAGAUUGAUAGCCUCAAUGUCGACCAGGCGUAGCUCGGUGGGUGUUGGUGUAGUUAAUGGACUGUUGUACGCCGUUGGUGGAUAUGAUGGUGCCUCAAGGCAGUGCUUGUCUUCUGUUGAACGGUACAAUGCAGCGACCGAUACCUGGACUCAGAUUGCCGAGAUGUCGGACCGUCGAAGUGGUGCCGGCGUUGGAGUGCUGGACAAUAUUUUGUAUGCCGUCGGUGGACAUGAUGGUCCGUUAGUCAGAAAAUCGGUUGAAGCGUACAACGCGGAGACCAACAUGUGGCACAAAGUGGCCGAUAUGGCAUUCUGCCGACGUAAUGCUGGAGUGGUUGCUCACAAGGGCAUGUUGUUUGUGGUCGGAGGAGACGAUGGAAGCUCAAAUCUAGCGUCGGUUGAAGUGUACACUCCUGAAACCAACAGCUGGCGUCUCCUUCCGGCCUCGAUGAGCAUUGGCCGUAGCUAUGCGGGAGUAGCUAUGAUAGAUAAGCCCAUGUGAAGCGAACAGCAGGGCGCUUCCGCCGUCACAGCAGCAAGCAGCUCAAGAUAUGCAAAUUGUUCGAUUAUUGGAAGUGCAGCAAAUAAUAGCCAAGCUAACCAAAGCAACGACGACGAAAAUAGUCAAGCCGAAGGACUCAACUCUGAAGCGGGAGCUGCCGGUUAUAUUCAACCCAACAACAACAAUGGUAAUAACAAUAACAACAGCAACAAUAACAAUAAUAACAACAACAAUAAUAACAAUAACGUUCAUUACGAAAACAUUUACGAGUCAAUUGAACAAUACGCUGCUGCCGCUGCAAAUGCUGGCGUCGUUCCGGUUGCCCCUGCAGUUGCCCAAAACCCUUCUGGUAUCAUUCCACAGCCUCUCCAUAACGUCCAACAGAUGAACCCUCCCCAACCUGGUCCGUCUUCGGCCCCACCUCUGGGCCUGGGACUCCGUAACAACAUGCAACCGCUUGGGUCUUGUCCACCACCACCGCCAAGCAUGCUUCAGAUGCAACAACAGUACCAUCCACUUGCCUACCGAAACGAACUUUACGACCGUACUGCCGGCUACGAUGUGCCCCGCGGAGGAGGCGCCGUUCCACGUAACAACUACUACCAGAACCAGCAAUCGUUCGGUUCAGCUCCACGUUACCAGAAUCUCCAUUUGGACCUGAAUCGUCCGCGAUGCGCACCCAACUCGAUGCGAACUCCACGUCAGCGGAGCUUCGAUGAUACCGAGUCCUACCAAUACUAUCGAUACCAAAAUCAAAACAACUUUGCCAAACAUGAUAAUGUUUACGAACGUGUUCGUGAAGAACCUGCCUACCAGAAUACGGGCUCGUUUGGAGCCGGAGCUGGUCCAUCGAACCGGGGACUGUUCGGUCGACUAGAUGUCAUUGGACACGGUGUGGGACGCAUCGAGCGUCAUUUGAGCUCAUCUUGUGGAAAUAUUGACCACUACAGCUUGGGAGGACAUUACGCGGUGUUGGGACAUAGUCAUCUCGGUACCGUUGGACACAUAAGAUUAAAUCAAUCGAACAACAAUCAACCAAACACGGGCAAAGAUACGUCGUCUGUGAAUGUUAAAAGUUUCUUCAGUUGCUUGGGUGGCGAAAAUUCUCAAUCGAUGAACAACAUAAGCAAAAAUGGUGCCCAAAAUGCGGCCAAUGCUGCCACCGCUCAGGCAAGUAACGGCGAUGCAGUUGCUGGAGCAGUUGGCGGAACUCCGGCAACUACAGCCGGUCCAUCUUCAUCCACCGCAACCCAAAAGAUUACCGGAACGAUACCGAAGAUCAGGAACAAGUUGAAGAAAGAAAAUCAAACCAGUUCUGCUGAGCAAGCUGACGGCGACCUCCAGGCGAAUCGUGUGACCAAACCUUCCCUGCAGUGGUUGCUGGUGAAUAAGUGGCUCCCGAUGUGGGUUGGCCAAACACCACCCGAUUACAAGUUUAUUGAUUUUAAUUUCAUGUUUUCUCGCAACUGUGAUGGAUGCGGAAGUGCUACCAAUCACCAGGAGCUUAUGCGCUUGGACGGCCAAGCUGAGAUGCGUUCGCAUGAGUAUGGGGAUUACAUUCCACCCGCUCGAGAAUAUCCAACCAUGAAUGGAAGUUACCCACGCGUGUUGAGAAAUACUCCACAGUUGUCUCGAUUGCGCGAACACGAGUACGAAAAUGUUCCCGUCGAUUCACCCUCCGGACGGGUGGACUACGCUGGAGGUCGACCCACCCUGACGAAUACCAACCGCGCCCGAUCGGAAAGUCCUUCGCAUUCAUCGUCUAGAAGGGAGGAUCGAGCGGGAGCUAGCGAUCCGUUCCGCAACUGGGCAUUCAACUUUGAAGAUAACAGUUUCCGACCAGCGGCCGGCGGUCUCCCAAAUGGCAUUCCUCGUCCACGGGAAAUUCGUCGCAUUACCGAUGGUACGUUCCGAUCGGUGGAUUACCAGCAUGACAAUGAAAGACCUGGUCCCAGUCGGGAAUUUUCGCGUGACUCUCCGAAACCCACCCCGACAAUUGUGGUCAACGAUUCGGGAACGGCUUCCACUUCCAGAUCAAACUCGGCAUCACCGCCAAAGAGCAAAGAAUCGUCGGUAUCGCCGGUUCAGCACGAGAAGGAGGAAGUACCCGUUUCUUCUUCAUCCGAUUCGGAAAAUUACGUCAUGGACUCGAUCGCAACUGACGGUGGAGGUUCGGCUGAGGAAAGCAGCAGCAGCUGCUGUGGUCCGUUUGUAGAAGUUGCAGAGCAUGCAGCGGGUGGAGAUAAGGAUUGUGGCAAGGACAAAGAGCCAACAUCGUCGAUGGAAACCUCUGAAUCUUCAAACUUUGAAGAAAACGCAGCAGAAUCACUGGCAUCGGACGACGACAAUGACAAUGACGAAAAUAUUGAAGCUAUCUAAAACUUGAUCGCACUUUCUUGAGGCUUUUAACACUCUUUCAAAACGGACUGUUGCCAAUUUGUUGAGGCACCUCCUUUCUUUUUAAUCUGUGGCAAUUUUUUACCCUUUAGUCUGUUUGAUCCCUUCUUGCUCAAUAUUUAUUAUAGACCCUAUUUAUUCUUUUAUACACGCAUGUGACUUUUUACAGCAGCACUAUCCUUUAAAACUAAUCAAUUCGAACGAAGUUAGCAUUUACAUUGGCAAAACUAAUUUUCCAUUGAAUUAGAAGCAUUUACCAACUAGUAAGUCAAGACUUUAGUUUUAAAAGUUACAAGCAAAGACAUGUUACACAUCUGUGGUAGGUCUAAUAGAAUGUAUCAACAAAAUAUCAUUAGCAAACGAACAAUACCGUAACGUUAUUGAUGUAAUGAACAAAAGUUAGCUAUUUUUCGCACUGGCAUGGCCUAUCCCAAGGAAAAAAGUCACUCGUUUGUUUUGCUUUUGUUACUAAGUAAGGACACUUUUUACUAACUCACUACUGCACACAUACCAAAAUUUCAGAAAUGAUUCCGUUAGCGCCAGUCAAUUUGAAGCAAAGAAUGAAACGAAGCACAUGAUCACGAAAAAAGAAAACACACACACACACAAUGAAGCAUAAUUUCAGUACAAAUCCAGUAAUGGUGAGACCUAUCGGAUCUUAUUUUAUCUCGUAAAAACGUUACAAAAAAGUGAAACCACUAUUCGCAACAUGUACUUUUGUAGUUGAUGGAGUAGCAGGAAAUAUAAUUAGAACAGGAUAAUGGCACCGACAUAUUUAACCCUUGUCAAUCCUUGAAGGAACAGAAUUUAAAAGUUAUACACAAUUAACAUAACUAUUGUUUAGCAUUUGCAAGCACGUAUCACAACACUAAGGAACAUUAACGAAAUGGAAACGAAUAGGGAUAGCGGUUGGAGUUGUGGUAACUGUGAGUCAUUUACAGAUAUAGUCUUAUUCCCCUUUCCCCUACGGAAAAUGAUCAAUUGAUGCAUCAAAUCUCACUAAAUCGAUGAACAAAUAAAUGGAUUUAACAGUU